AGUGGUGCUGGACGGUUAGCAGCUGGUAGUGGUGCUCUAGGGGCCGGUGCGGCAAGCGGUGCAGGAUUAAGUGCCGCAGCCACAACACGCAGACCAGCGCCUAAACCAGCGGCAUUGGAUUUAGCAGCAAAAUUGCCAAAGGGUAAGGGAACUGGCGAAGGAGGCAAUGGCUGGCGAAUCCUGCAACUAUUCGAUAAGGAAGAAAAAGAUGGCUAUCGUUAUAUUGCUGAAGUGCAAACAAUUUAACCGAACGCCUGAAAAUAUGCUUCGAAAUUGAGGACANGCAUCGAAAAGUUGGCUCCGGACGCAGAUGGUUUGCGUUCGGCCGGAUUUUACGAGUACACCGGCGAUGAUGGUGUGCUCUAUCGUGUCGAUUAUGUGGCUGAUGAUAAUGGCUUUGUGCCACAAGGUGCCCAUUUGCCAACUCCACCGCCGUAUGUAGCCAAAUUGCUGGCAUAUCUAGAAGCGAAUGCUAAAAAGUAGUGAAUGUUUUUAAUUUAUUCAUAUUCAUGCACACAUAUGUACAUAGUUACAUACUAAAUUCCUUGUAUACAAUUUAAUUUUCACACACACAUUAGAGUUAAAGUAAAUUUUUAAUUAAUUUGAAUAAUAAAAACCUGAUUUUUGCAAGCAAAUUGGAAUGUUGAUGAAGCAAACUGUUGGAAAAUAAAGAAAGGAAA